GGAAAAUUAGAUUUUAUUAAAUACAACCUUUUUCUCCAGUUUAAAAAUAAAAUGAAGCAAAAAUUAUUUUUAUUUUAUAUUAUUUUACAAUUAUUAUUUAUAAAUGCCAAAGAAGGCGAUCGUUCACUUAUAAGUGAACAAACGUCAAAUUACCGUUUUAGUGAUCCAAAACAGCGUGUUAUUUGUACCAAAAAUCCUCGUGAUUCAAACUUUAAUGAUGUUAUUUGUAAAAAAGAUUUUUUUGAUUCAAAAGAAGAAUUAAAUUUUUAUAUUAUUGGGGACAUGGGAGGAAGUUCACUUUGGUCACCAGUCUUUCCUUAUUCUACACAUGCUCAAAGAAGUGUUUCUUCUGCAAUGAGUGAAUUAGCAGCAGAUGAUCAGCCAGCAUUUAUAAUUAAUUUAGGGGAUAAUUUUUAUAUGAAUGGGGUAAAAAAUAUUAAUGAUGAACGUUUUCAAAAAACAUUUGAAGAUGUUUAUGAAGAAAAAACACUUGGUGUUCCUUGGUUUUCAAUUCCCGGUAAUCACGAUUACCAUGGAAAUAUACAAGCUGAAAUUGAUUAUACAAAUAGGAGUACUCGAUGGACAUUCCCUGGUAAAAAUGCUAAUGAACCUUGGUAUAAAAUUAGAUAUGAAUUUGGAGCUAAAAAAUUAAAAACAACAAUUUCACUUGAUUUUCUUAUGAUUGAUACUGUUCAACUUUGUGGUAUGACAGAAGAUGUUGUUGGCGAUAGAAUAAUAAAUUGGGUGUUUAGUGAAUCAAAAAAUAGCAAUCCACAUACAGCAAUUCCAGAUAAGGAAUCUUUUGCUGAACAACAAAAAGAUUGGAUUAUUGGGGAAUUAAAUAAAUAUAUAAGUUCUCCUUCAAGUGCAACAUAUGUUUUUGUUGCUGGCCAUUAUCCAAUAUAUUCAGUUGGUAGACAUGGGUCAUUUUAUGAAUGUUUAAAAGAUUUGGAUUUAAAAAUGAAAGAAGCUAAAAUUUCUGCUUAUUUAAGUGGACAUGAUCAUAAUUUACAACAUUUAAUUGUUGAAAAUGAUAAUAAAAUUUUAAAUUAUAUUGUUUCUGGUGCUGGAGCAGCAACUGAUAGAAGUCAGCAUCAUUGGGAUGAAUUUAGUAAAAAUGAAGGAGCUAAAGUUUUAGUACAUUACCCAGCUGAACAUUGGUGGUGGAAAGCAGAUGAAUGGUUUAGUAUGUCAACUGGUGGCUUUAUUCAAGCAAAAGUUAAAAAAGAUGAAUUAAUUCUUUCAUUUUAUUCUGGCAAAGGUUCAGUAUGUCUGGGAAAUAUUCCAGUAAUUGGAAAAUGGUUGGGAGGUUCAAGUGGCCCUCAAAAUGCAAAUUGUAAAACUUUAAUUCAUCAAACAAAACUUUGUCCAUUACAAAAUUCUGAAGAUUGUAUCAAUAAACAAAAAGAAGAAAAAGCUCAAAGUAAAGCCGGUUGGCUAUUUAAUGGAAAAAAUUUAUGGUGUCUUUAUUUAUGUUGA